AAUUGACGUUUCUGUCAAACAAAAUUGAAGUAGGUGUUUUGUGUUGUAUUAUUGUUGACAAAAUGACUUCGGAAACGUUACAAAAUACUUCCAAAACCUUUGAAUUCUCCUUUCCAACAUGUACCAACGAAGAAUUACUAUACAAACUGGAAGUGCCCGUGCAAAUCCCAUAUGACGGCUCGACGCGAGAGCUCGUGCAAAGAGUUUUAAAAAUGUUUCAUAUACCGGUGUACUUGGAGGAUGAGCUUAAUGAAAAAUUAGCUGAUUUUGUAUCAAAAGAAACGAAAAACUUUCAUAAUGAACGAGAUGCGAAACUUAUUGAUCAGUUUAAGAAUAAUGAGCUGGAUGUUGAAUGUGUAAUAAAAAAUUGGGAGAAACAAUUCAAAGAGAAUGUCGUAGACUUUGCUGAGCAAAAGGGAACAUCAGAUGAAGAAGUGUUUGCAGCAGCUUACCACAAGUUGGUUCAUUCACCCGCCUUGGAGACCAUUAUGCAAGUGGAAAGCUCUUAUGCUAAGACUGUUAUGAAUAUGUUGAAGAACCGUGAUGAGGAUAUUCAAAAACUUACACAAAAACAAACAGAAGAAAUGGAAGAGAAAAUGCGACUUCUAAAUGUAUCCACGACUGAAGAAGAAAUUAAUGCAUUAGCAGCACAACAUUUUGAACAGCAAAGCUUGGCAGCGGGGCGGUGGGACUCUCAACUUGAUGCAUUAAGACAUACUCAGAGAGCCACUCACAGAGCCUGGCUCAUGACUGCCAUUAACGAAUAUCAGACUGAUGAAAGAGUUACUCCAAGCACGUCGCCGCUGAGCGCGCUGCCGCCGGAGCCGCUGGCGCCGCUCGCGCCGCGCCUGGAGGAGAGCUUCACCAUACACCUCGGCUCGCAGCUCAAGCAGACGCACAACAUCCGACUCGUGGCCGUCGACAUGAUGGACCUCUGCUCCGGCGACAGGGCCGACGGCGGCGCUUGGUCGCGCGUGCAGCCGGCGCUGGCGCUGUACUCGAGCGAGCUGAGCGGCGCCGUGCUGUGCGCCGACGCGCGCGUGCGGUCGCCCCAGCUGCGCGCCGCCACCGAGCACCACUUCGCCGACCUGGACGCACAGCUGCGGCGCAUCGCGGAGGCGGUGGAGGAGCCCGCGGGGCGGCGCAACGCGCAGCGCGAGGGCGGCGCGCGCGCGCGGCGGGCGCUGCAGCCCGGGGACGUGUUCGUGACGCGCCACAGCAACCUGGCCGAGGCGCACGUCGUCUUCCAUCUCGUAGUCGACGACGACUCGCUCAAAUCAGGUGACAUAACGUCGCGCCACCCCGCCAUCCUGGGUCUCCGCAACAUUCUGAAGGCGGCCUGCUGCAACGACGUCACCUCGAUCGCGAUCCCACUGCUGCUGCGGCACGAGCUGACGGAGGAGAUGACGGCGGCGUGGUGCAUGCGGCGCGCGGAGCUGGUGCUGAAGUGCGUGAAGGGGUUCGUGCUGGAGGCGAGCGGCGGCGGCGGCGCGGCGCUGCGCACGCUGACGGCGGCGCUGCCGGCCGCCAUCAGCCCCGCGCUGUUCGCGGCGCUGGGCGCGCUGCUGCCGACCAUCUUCCGCGUGUCGGGCCCCGUGCGCGCGCGCCCGCAGCCCGAGUGACGCUCCCCCGAUGGGGCGCAGCCCCGUCCUCCUCAAUAAAAUGGAGCAUUGUGUUUUGUGCUUCAUUUUAAAAUCAAUAACAACUUUGAGAGAUUUUUAAUUAUAUAUCUUUAUUGGAUGAAUUUGACGGCUGUCAUUGUAAUCGAGAUAUAUUUUAACGACUUCAGAAUCUGGUUUCUUUAUUAAUGCUUUUUAUGUAAAUUAAUAAAUAACUGAGUAUUUAAACACUGAGGGUAACUUAAUAAUAACCGUUAAAAUAUACCAAAGGUCCCAAGAUUAGUAUAUCUUCCCGUCCCGAGUAUAAACUGUGAAAACCAAGAUAAUGACCAGUAUCAAUAUAGCCAAUUGUCUAACUCUUUCGGCGCCGUAUAUUGUUGAAAAUACAACUCGCUCACCAAGAAUAAGCCUUUAUACCUAACAUUUAAUAAAAGGAAUACCCUGUACCUGUCCAACUUCUGAAACAAAACCUUUAGAGAGUAUGGUGCUCACUGCACCACGCUA